AAUGACUGAAAUGAAAUUUAUCUUACAGGUAUCUAUUAAAAAUUUAUUUUUUCACGAAAUAAAUCUACCUAAACUCCAUGGCCCACCAACCAUCUCCAUUCCUUCGUUCCUCUUUCUCUCUUCCUUCCCCCUCUUCUUCUCUUCCUUUAGGGGUUAGGUCAUACCGGGGGGCUUUCUGAGGCCAUUUCAAAGCCUGACUAAGGUCCAACCGAGUCCAACCAUCAAUAUGUAUUUGUAUUCGAAUGACAAUAUAAACACUAUUAUAGCUUUAAAAUAUUCAUUUGCUUACUUAUUAUGUACCAUCUUCCAUACAAUUUUACAAUCAUCAAUAUGUAUUUGUAUUCGAAUUUUCGUGUUUUACUACAGAGGAAUAUUACUAACUAGUAGUUUGGAAAGUAUGUAAUUAGCGUUAUCACACCAAGAGUUUUGUAAAGUAGUUAAUAUUUAAUGUUAUGUCCACAAUCCACAUACAUGAACAAACUGAGAAGGAUAGGCUAACCGAAGGAAAAUGAACCUACCUGUCGUGCGUUUAUUUCUCUGUUUGCUAGUCUAUUAAUAAUGUAUGAGUUGACGGCGGCCAUUCAUUUGGGAAUCUUAAAUUCUCAAGCAUUAUUGCAUGCAUAGCAAAACGGUAUCUAAGUGGGAUCACUCAUAGCGUUAAAUUAUGUUUAAAUGUAGACCUGUCAUAUAUAGAACAUUAUCGUAAAACAGAUAUGAAGCAAGACAACUCGAUCGUUGAACGUAUACGAAGUGUGAUAUCAAUGUGACGUCUCAAUCGAAAGAUGGUCAAGUACGUGGGGCAUGAACUUUUUUUGUCCAGACUUCCGAGUUUUUUUAACGAUGCUACGACUCGGGCGAGAGCCGUCGGAAAAAAUGACCGCCGGGCAUUGCAAUGUCAUAGAGAUGCGACAUUACAACUUGGUGAUAAAGACGGCAGCAUUAGAUGCUAAUUAAUUAAUAACGUGAUGUAAUGGAGAGGGAGAGAUUAGACGGCGCAAUGAUUAUCGACACAGCUAGCACCGGCGCUGUACUCUACUUCGAGCAAAGAAAUAAGAUGUGGUACUGGUGGAAGAAGAAGAAAGAGAUGGAUGUGAAUCAAUGAAGUGAUGUGUGCAACUAUUACGUCUCGUUUGGAAGUUGCGAUUGUUUUGUUGAGAUUGUCAUUAUGCAUGUAUUGUUUAUAAGGCAUCGUUUUUUUGUUUUUUUAGCUGAAAGCCUGAAACAAUACAUGAAUUGUUUCUGUGAUGUGACAGAAACUAUCACUCAUUUUGAGUGAUAGUUAUAUCUCAACUUUUAGUUGUGAUUGUUGAGAUAGUUGAGUUGAGAUUGUUUUGUCUCGGCUUUUAGCUGAUGCGACAUACACAAUCACACAUACCAAACGUUGUAUUCUACAAUGCAUCAAAUUCGACAAUACAUGUAUAAUAUUAUACAUGCAUUCUCAACAAUACAUCUAUUUAACAAUCGCAAUUUCCAAACGACCCUACAUUGCAAAAUGGCUCAUAAAAAUAAUUCUUUGAACUCGAAAAAAGGAUAACAGAGGCAUAUAGGAUACCACAUGAUUUAAUAUAGGCAAAAUAUACUUGUAUAACCAUAACUAUUCGCUCGUUGUGACAAUAAUAACCACAUUUUGAAAAAAUACACAUAUAUAGCUAUUUUUUUUCAAAUUUGUUUGGAAAGUAUAGUCAUUUUCGUUACAAACUUUAACAUCGUCACCGACUCGCCGUAAAUAACAUCUAUGCAUGAAAUUCAAACAAGUCAUAUUAAACUACUAUCCUUCCUAGUUCCUGCUGAUACAACUGGAUCAAUGAUUGGUCGACGUGUGAAAUUUUCGUUUGAGAAAUAACAUAAAAUGAUUGUUGUUCACCAGUAACGUGUUCAUGCAUAUUUUACGCAUGCAUGGUACCGACAAGAGCUAAUAAAUUUUAGCAUGCUCCAGCUAAUUAAAUAGUUGUUUAGCAGCUUAUUAAAUCCCGGGGGCCCGGUUGCUUGUUGGUACAGACAAAAUAGACGGACCAAAAAGGCCCAGAACCCAGCUAAUAGGUUACGGCGGCCCAACCCUAGAUUCCAAAUAAAUUGGGCUGAAUACAAAUCUCUCCAUUAUUAUUAUGGUAUCUUUUUUCUUUUGUAGAAUAUUAUGGUAUCUUUGAAUCGAGAGUUUAAUUAGAGGUGACAUUAGGUAGGGCUGGUUAUUUGGUCCCGGACUGUUUGGUUUUACCCGAAACCGGAUCGUAUAAUCCGGACCGGGACCGGACUGGGACCGGAUAGCAAACAAUGCAAUCUCAUAUUCGGGUUUAGAUUUGAGGUAAAAAAACUGGAUAAACACCGGAUAAGAGACCCCCAACACCUAAAAUCAAGAUAAAAUUGGGACCGGACCGGAUCAAGACCGGACUGUAUCCAAUCUUUGGUCCUUAUAUUCCCGAAAAGACCGAACUGAGACCGGAUCAAUUUGGUCCAAUUUAACCGGACCGGACCGUAUAGCCACCCCUAACAUUAGGGGCAGAAAGAGAGGCCUUGUCGUCAUUAAUACUCGUUUCCAAAUGAAGAAAGGAAGAGCAUAGAAAUCCAUCUUACAUCUCCUCCUCCCAGCAGCCUUCCAUUUUUGGUGAUUUUGCCAUCUUGCAAAAAAUGUGAAAAGAAUAAUGAAUGCUAACCACCCCAUGUUAUCAUAAAUGGCAAUUUUCAUGGAGGGAACAAAAAUGGGCCUAGGAAAUUUAAAGAGGAUGAUAAUUGCAGAGAGAGAUUGGGAUGGAGUAGAGUUCAAAUGGUUGUCCGAUACUCCCGAUUCUAUGGUUAUUGUCGCGUUAUUGGUUCGGACGUUGAUGAUAUAGAGAGAUACAGAUUGAGAACACGUUCGGUUGGUCAUAUACUUCUCGUUUGGUUAAGGUACUUAUAAGACUCGUACGAAGAAAGUUUUGAAUAUUAAUCCAUUCGUUAAUCCAUUUGACUGUUCACAAUCGAUUUUGUGUAUUGAAUACUAUUGAUCCAUCUUUUCCUCAACCCGCCCAAGAAAAGCCAAGCCCACAAUGAUGAUGUCCGCACCACAUAAAAACCCGUUCUGUUCAUCACAUAAAUCCAGGAAAGAAAAAGACACAGAAAAGAAGAAAACAAAAGGCAGUACAGUACAGCAGAAUAUUUUAAUUGUUUAUUCUUUUAUUAAUCGUAUAAUAAAUAAAUAAAUAAAUGGGGGCAGUCAGCCAGUCACAGGCAGCAGCACAAAACCUUGAUGCCCUCCGUCCCUCAUCUCCCGCCACGUGUAAGAAUCGACGGAUGGGGAUCCAUCCUUUCCCUCCAAAAAUUUCUCUGUCUCACUCCACUCCGGCACUCCGUCGCCAUAAAAACUUUUCCUUUCUCUCUUUCAUUCUCAAUUCUUCUCCGUGUAGCGCCCUGUUCGGCCAGACUAUAAAUAGAGCGAGCCAGUGCUGUUGAAGCAGUCACUGUGUCACACUCGCUCACUCACUAUUCUUCUGCUCCCUCCUCCUCCUGCUCUCACUCCUAUCCAACCACGCGCUCACAUAAACAACAUAUAUAAUAAGUGGAAGAAUAGAAAACGAUUUCAUCCUUCCUCGGAAAGAAUGAACAUGGAAGAAUCGGCGGCGUUGGCGGCGGCGGGGAGUGACAGCAGUGGUAAUAAUGGGGUGGUGAAAUCGCGGUUCAAGAGGGUCUGUGUUUUCUGCGGGAGCAGUGUUGGGAAGAGAAACUGCUACAAGGAUGCCGCCAUUGAUCUUGCUGAGGAGCUGGUGGCGAGGAGGUUGGAUCUCGUCUAUGGCGGCGGGAGUAUUGGGCUGAUGGGGUUGGUUUCUCAAGCUGUGCACCGCGGUGGAGGCAAUGUUCUCGGGAUCAUACCCAGGACCUUGAUGUGCAAGGAGAUCACUGGUGAAACAGUUGGAGAGGUGAGGCCAGUAGCCGACAUGCAUCAAAGGAAAGCAGAAAUGGCCCGCCAAUCUGAUUGUUUCAUCGCCCUACCAGGUGGGUACGGGACCCUGGAAGAGGUGCUGGAAGUAAUCACUUGGGCUCAGCUUGGGAUCCAUGACAAGCCAGUGGGUUUGCUAAAUGUGGAUGGCUACUACGACAACCUCCUUACCUUCAUUGACAAAGCUGUGGACGAUGGCUUCAUCCAGCCAUUUCAGAGGAACAUAUUUGUCUCAGCUCCUAAUGCCAAGGAGCUAGUUCAGAAGCUUGAGGAGUACGUGCCAGUGAAAGAUGGAGUCAUUGCCAAGGAAAGGUGGGAAGUUGAGCUGCAGCAGCAACCACCACAACAGCAACAACAGGUGGGGUUCAAUGCUACUUCUACUCCUGCUACCACCAUCACUACUACCACUUUGCAGCAGACCGAGAUAGCUCUAUGAAUGCAAAAGGAAGGGCAGGUUUAGGGGGGACGGAAUUAAUGGAUGGAAAGAAAUGAAUAGUUAGGGGGAAAGGUGGGGGUUAGGCCUUUUUCUCUUUUGCUUUCUAGUCUGAUUUUGGGGUCAGAGUUGAGACCACCCAUUAUGGGUAUGGUGGUGUGGUUUGAACUUUUGAUUGAAUGACUUGGCUAAAAGAAAAAGUGAAGACUUUCUGUUUUUUUUCUUCUUCAUUUUAGUACAUGUACUGGCUAAUGAUGGAAGAAUAGGAAUAUGGUUAACUACAAUGAUCCAAGGAUUACCUCAGAUUAAGCUCUCUUUUGUAAUUGGAAAGUUCCUUUUGGGUGGUAUCAAUAUGUACAAAACAUAAGUGUUUUAUUGUCAUUAUUAUAAUGUAGGAUUCAUGAAAAAGCCAUAACCUAGAACUCCUUUGUCUUUUGCCUUUAUUUUUUUGUUUCUGCUGUAGUGCCAGGAACCGUUAUUUGAUUGGUGCAAAGCUUGGAGAGAACAUUAGUGGUAAAUAAUUAGAAGCUACUAGAGGUGAGAACGAGGCAUUGGUCAUUUUACCUCUUUGGUGAAUGUAUGACAGAAAGGGCAGCCUGGUUUUGUUUUUGGGAUGAUAUUUUGAUCAGCCUGCCUGGUAGUGUACUGUUACAGCUCAUUUGCAGGGACAAUGGCCAUGGCAGGUCUUUUUUUGUUGUUAGUUUGAACUUUGAACUGUAGCUGGCCUGGGGGCAGAUUACCCCUUGAGGCUGUUUUAUAUUUGUGCUUUCCCUGUUAAAAGCACUGUACAUAGUGCAGAGAGAGAGAGAGAGAGAGAGAGAGAGAGAGAGAGAAGAGGAGGAGAGAGAGAGAGAGAGAGAAUGAAUGAUGAAUGGUCUGGUGACAAAAAGAAAGAAAAGGGAGGGGCUGGGUGACUCAUCAUGGUGAUGACCUUACCUAACACAAAAAGAGAGAGAAAAUCAAGCCUGGUGUUUUUUCAAGAAUUUGCCAUACUUGAAGCCUGAAGGGUUACUUGUCCAUCUUCACCCACCUCCACUAUGGAUCUUCAUCUUCCACCACUGAGCUUCUUCUGGGCCUCUCUUCCCUCCAUUUGGGAAAUAUUGAUAAUGGGUUUUCAUGCAUGUCUAUCCCUAAUUUGCUGGAAGUUGUAUGUAGGGUAUGUUGAUACUAGUAUAUAUUAUCCAUCCAAGGUGGAAAUCAAAAUGUGGUAGAUUCUCCUUGGCCUAAAUCAGCUGUGCAAAACUCCUAACUAGGGUUGGGGAUGUGAAUUGUUUGCUAGCACUACUUCGAGUUUCUUUUCAAGCCAACUCCAUUGAUCAGGCCGUUACAAUUUGUAUGCACUAACAGAUCGAUCUGUAAAUUGUGAAUUGAUAUAGAAUGGUCACACCUCGUAUCAUCACCAUCUGCUUUCUCACACAAAAUAUCUAGAUCAGCAUGUCAGUUCGUCAAAAUUGUUAACACAAGAUCACGCACAAUACACAAUUAUGGUAUGG